AAUAAAAAUUCACAUCUCCGGGAGCUGACGUUUAUCGGCUUCUCUCCUCUCCUGCAAAACAGUAUCUGCAGCCUGAUCAGAACCUGCCAUGGCAGAAUUUAGAGGCAAUGAAGCCCCAACAUCUACUGCAGAUGUGAAAGAUGUAAAAGCACCAAAUUUGAUUGAGCGCGCAAAGGAAGAGAUUGAGGCUAUGAUUCACCACGAUAAAAAACCUCACCAUCACAAGGAAACUCAUGGAACUAGUGACAUUGAUGAAAACACCCCAGUUGAUGAAGUUAAGGGACCAAAUGUAUUUGAACGAGUCAAGGAAGAAAUUGAGGCAGUUGUACAAAGUAUCCACCCUAAGAAAUGAUCCAACUCUUCUCAUGUCAUUAUUAUAACAGUACUGGUUUCCCUGUCUCAUUCUGAUGUACAAUAGCUAAUUGCUAUAUAUAAAUAGUACUGAUUUCUUGGUGUUUACAUGGAAGGUGUUGCUAUUUGUGACAGCAUUUGAUGUUUAAUGAUCUUUUAGAA